AAUGUUGUCCUCCCUCCGUCGUGUCGUUCCAUCUCUGCCACGUGGCUCCCGAUCCUUGACCUCUCAGCAGAUCUUCGAUAGGGAGAAGAAGUUCGGUUGUCACAACUACAAACCAUUGCCAGUAGCUCUUUCCAAAGGAGAAGGAUGCUUUGUGUGGGAUGUUGAAGGAAAGAAAUAUUUCGAUUUCCUUGCUGCCUACUCUGCAGUUAAUCAAGGGCAUUGCCAUCCAAAACUUCUCAAGGUUGUUCAAGAACAAGCUUCCACAUUAACGCUUACCUCCCGGGCAUUCUACAACAAUGUUCUUGGAGAGUACGAGGAAUACGUCACAAAAUUGUUCAAAUAUGAUAAAGUUCUUCCAAUGAAUACUGGAGUAGAAGCUUGCGAGUCUGCAGUAAAAUUAGCUCGCCGAUGGGCUUAUGAUGUGAAGGGUGUCAAGGAUAAUGAGGCUGUGGUUGUAUUCGCUGAAAACAACUUCUGGGGACGCUCGAUCGCCGCUAUUUCCGCAUCCACUGAUCCAGAUUCAUUCGCAAGAUUCGGACCAUUCGUCCCGGGAUUCAAAACUGUCCCAUAUAACAACCUGAAAGCUGUUGAAGAUGCUAUCAAGGACAAGAAUGUCGCUGCAUUUAUGGUUGAGCCAAUUCAAGGAGAAGCUGGAGUCGUGCUCCCAGAUCCUGGAUACUUGAAGGGUGUUUCUGAUCUUUGCAAGAAGUACAAUGUUCUUUUCAUCACUGACGAGGUUCAAAGUGGACUCGGGCGAUCUGGAAAACUUCUCGCACACUACCACGACAACGUCCGGCCAGAUAUUGUUGUACUCGGAAAAGCGCUUUCUGGAGGAUUCUACCCAGUUUCUGCAGUGCUCUGUGACGAUAAUGUUAUGAUGAACAUCAAGCCAGGAGAGCACGGAUCUACUUAUGGAGGAAAUCCAUUGGCCUGUAAAGUGGCCAUUGCUGCCCUUGAGAUUCUCCAAGAAGAAAAGCUCGUUGAAAAUUCCGCUGUUAUGGGAGAUCUCCUUAUGUCCAAACUGAAAACCCUUCCAAAAGAUAUUGUAUCAACUGUUCGUGGAAAGGGACUUUUCUGCGCAAUUGUCAUUAAUAAGAAAUACGAUGCUUGGAAAGUAUGCUUAAAGCUGAAGGAGAACGGACUUCUUGCUAAGAACACCCACGGAGACAUCAUCCGAUUCGCUCCACCACUCUGCAUCAAUAAGGAGCAAGUCGAACAGGCGGCCGAUAUCAUCAUCAAAACAGUCACCGAUUUUGCAAAGCAAAACUAAAUUUUUUCUGGGAUUUUGCAUAAUAAUGUCUCGUACUCGUCCCGUAUUGUUCUCACGAUCCAGAUGCUGGUAAUUUUUAUAGCAUUCGAUGACAUUUUCUUUUUUUGCGUAUCGCAAAUUUUGAGCUCUAAUAAAGCUUCAUGGUUU